CUGAUAAACAUGGGAUGACAUACUUGAGUACAGCCAUGUUUUACAAGCAGCAACUCGUGCGUGUCAGGCAGAGGUUUUGGAAGAGAACCUUUGUGCUGACGCACGACUUUCCAGAGGUUGGCUUGAUAUACUUUUGAGAGCUUAUCUAAAGCCCUGGCCAUGCGACAAUGGGUGCAGAGCUCGCUGCCCACCCACCUUAUGUCACUACUGCUUUCUCUUUUAUGACGCCUCUGACGGUGUCUGCGGCAAAUAGAAAUAUAUGGAAUGUUUUUGUAAACGGUAAAUGGUAUCGACAGCGGUAUCGCAAUGCUCGAGUCUGCAAUCUAGACGAGCCGGCAACAUUCGAAUUCAUUCAAAAGGCGCAGAAAUACGGGAUCAGUGCUGAUGGCUUUGAUGAAGUGCCGUUUGCCUGUCCCUUACACACCGAUCUCGAUUUCGUCUAUACACUUAACCUUGACAAAAAGGUUGUGACGGUAUCUACAUGGGAAGCUUUACCCGGCGGUGCGCUCACUAUCUCGGUGCUUCAGCUUGAUCUGAAGGAUGUUCGGGAACCGAAAGAUUUAGAUUUGGAGAAUUUCCGACGAAAUGGAGCGCAGCCGCUGAGUAAAUACACGGAGAAGACGGCGCACCUUCAAAUGGCAGUGGGGGCAGAUACCGACCUGCGGAUUGAAAUUGAACCUCCGACUUCUAUGAAUGAGCUACAAUUCGGAAUUUUUGUGGAUUUUGUCUUUCAGUGGAAAUUCUUUUUCGAUGACCGAUUGGCGUGGGCCCCUCCCUCUCCGCUCUUUGAUACCCUCGCUAUUGCCAUCUUGCGGCUGGCUGCUUGGGAUUUUGAGGUAUCGCCCAAGGUUGGACGAGAAAGCCUGGCGCUUAUCUCGUCUCCCAUGGCAUACCCAUCAUGGAAUGCUCCAUCUGAUCAAAUCUAUUGGUUCCACGGAUUCCUCAUUGUUCAAUGUGCUGAUUUGAUCACUCCAUCAUCACGGUUGGCUGGAGUCAAACUGGCCCAAGACCAAGUCCAAAAUCAGUGUGCCAAGGGCCGUCGUGUGCACGCGAUUCUCAUUUCGCUGGAGUCGGUUGCGUUUGCUGAGAUUGAUGAGAAAUCUACUCGAUGCUCUUCCGCUGUUCCCCUCGUAACUAAUACGUCGACUACAACAUGCUCACCUGGAUUUCGGAUUCUCACCCACGUGCUUACAUCGCCGUGCUGGAAGGAAGACCUCGCUCUUUCUGAACAAUCAUUCUUGUCGACGCUUCCGCCUGAGCUUCUCAGCAUGGUUCUCGACACUCUAGAGCCAUUGGAUAAUGUCUCUUUGGCACAAGCUUCGUCUGUGCUAGCUCGAUGGUAUUAUUCAUCUAUUCCACAAAUGGAUAAGAUGUCAAUAUUGCGGUUUUAUACCUCAUUUCCUUGCUGCGGGAUAUCGAGCGACGUCAAAGACGACUGCAUAUGGUGUACUUCCUGCUUUACUUGGCAACACGUUAGUUGCAUUGGAGGCGAGUUGCCAGAGUUCUCGUCGUCCGGCUCGACAAUUUCUAUUCCUUCAUGCAAUCGAUGCGGAAGCGAGGAGGAUGAGAAAGGUUUGGUACCAGGUGCGUUGGGUGUGACGGAUCGUCGUAGACGUGGUAUGGGCUGCAGGGUACGAGCGCACAAUCGCACGUACUAUAUGAAGCUCGAUACACGGACUUUUGCCCAACAUGACUAUGCUAUAUAUUUCAAUGGGCAGCUAUCUGGAUUAGUGUACAAGCUCGAGAGUGCUGGGUGGGAGUGACAGCAACAUCAAUGAAACACUGCUGAAUUAAGGGAAGCUAUAGCUCUCUCGCAUUUUCCUGUAGUUGCAUCUUUCUGCCUGACGCGUCAUAGCAAUGAAUAAUUGGGUGGCAUUAGAGGGGUGUGGUCUAGACAUAAUAGGGGUCUGUAGAUAGGAGAGCAUAUAUGAAUCAAUUUAGCAUUG